GGGACUUCCCAGUGGAGGCCGACGAGUUGCUGGUCCAGGCGGGGAUGUGCCCGCGCUUCCUGCUGGGCAGGAUCUACACGUUCGCGCGCGGCGAGCCCGCGAAGGGCAAGCUGCCUCCGCUAGGAGGCGUGCCCGAGUCGGAGAUCGAGGGGCCUCCAGGCGCCCCCAAGGCGGUGGCGCCGUUCUUGGCCGUGUUGCCCGAGCGCCCUGCCUCGCGCGAGGGGCUGGUGUGGUUGAUCCCCGAGAACCCCGACAGUUACUUGACCAAAGGUCUGGAG